CAAAGCAUUUAGAAAACAAAGAUAGAUACAAACAGCACUUUACUUUGUCCUAAUCUAAGAUAAUAUAAAUGUUGCUGAAGCAUGAAUCCUUCUUAAGAAUCGUCUCGAAGUUCGGGUUAGUUGAACCAUGAAACGACCAAACUGCAACGCCAGAAAUGAUAUUGUUACAUAUUUGUAAUAUACCAGCAAUAAAACUUGAAUCAAUGCUACAGUUAUUGUGUAGGUAAGUAUGCAGAAAGCGGUGAAAUACAGUGCAUUGUAACCUAUGUGUCUUCUCUUGCUUGGUUGUAAGUGACUUCAAGCGAAUAUAUCGAUUACGGACAGCAUAUAAUCAACAACAUCAAAGCCAUAACUUCAUUUUGAAAUCUUGUCGACUCGGUCAAUCGGAAGGGUUCACUGUGCAGGUAUAGGUGCAGGAGAGCCUUUCUGUUGCAAGGCUGUCUGUUGUAAUUCGACAAUCUCCGCUCGUGCUUUCUCAGAUUUCUCGGUAAUGUCUUUUAUUUGCGCUUCAAUUCGUUUGAUUUCACUCCGAAUGAAGUCCAGUCGUUUGUCAACAUUUGCCUUAGCCUCCGCUUGCUCUUGUGGGACAAGAACAGGGCCCAUAAGCUUGUAGACCGUAUUCUCGGGCUUCAGUCCCCCAAAUUCCUUCUUGACUUCACUGGUUUCUGUUAAUUGUGCUUCACGACGCUGACUAGCUUCGACUGCUGCGGAGAGCUCUGCUUGAAGCUUUUGGUAUACUGUAGAGGCUGCUUGAAGACGAGUGUCGACAGACAUGGUGGUUAAACGCGAAAAUGCGAAUCCGGAUGGAUCUUAGGACGGCCGUUAGCGAGUAGCGAACUCCACAAAGCUUGAAAAUGCCACCCGUCGGCGACUUGCUCUCACCCUCUUUCUCACCUCUCACUACUACACUUCAACGGCUGAGCUGAGUCUCGUUGACGGCCCACUGCUUGUCUGAGUCGUUCUUUGGAACUGAAACGGUCAAAAGCGGAGAAAAAACGACAAAGAUGGCAUCAAUGCUUCGAGCGUACAACGCACUUCUCCAACGACGUCCAAUGGCCACACAAUGUGCCACUGCGGCAGUUUUGUUUGGUGCAGGCGACGUGAUUGCACAACAAGCAAUCGAGGGGAAGGGUCGCGACCAUGACUUUGCACGAACGGCACGCAUCACGUUCUAUGGUGGCGCGCUUUUCGGGCCAAUCAUGACAAAGUGGUACCAAGCAUUGAACAGAUUGCAGUUCGCGAGUCCAGUAAAGGCGGUUGUCUAUCGUGUGUGGCUUGAUCAAGCCGUACUCACACCUGCCGCCGUUGUUUUCUUCUUUUCGUCAAUGACUUUCCUCGAGGGCAAGGGCAUCUCCGAAGCCACCCGGCGCGUCGAGACUGCAUACGUCCCGACACUACUGCGUAACUGGGGAGUCUUCGUUCCCGCGCAAAUCAUCAACUUCUCACUCGUGCCAACGCACAUGCGCUUCGUCUUCGUCGGUGUCGUUUCGCUUUUCUGGAAUACAUACCUAAGCUACGCGAAUACCCAAGCCCAAAAGGCGCUUCUUGCUAAGUCAAUCACUUUCCCGACUGAUACGUCGGGUAUAGAGGACAUCAAGGAGGAGGACCUCAAAAAAGAAGUCAAACCCACAUAGUCCACUACAAGUUUUUACGGAGAUCAAUGCCCCCUUAGCCGUUGACGAUACCGUAGUAGAGUAACGGGGCGACACCUUGCAUAUCACCUCGUUUAGGAUACACGAGCAUGGACGACAAGUGGAGCGUCACCAUCCAGGACAAUUAUCCAUUCACGCUGUAUCUAUUGACAUAGAACUAUCGAUCCGACUCCAAUAGACUUCACAGAUUUCAGGCGU